GCACCCGCCAUCCCCACGACGUACCGCGCCUCGUUCAACAGCUGGCUGCACGGCGCCACGCGCGACACGGCCGCCGCUGAGCUGCAUCUCUACGCGCGCGCCUCGCCCUACUUCGCCGGCGCCACGCUCGGCAAUGCACCGAAUGCGCCGCUCGCCAGGGCCUUUGCGAUCGCCAGCAGUCCCGACGGCGCGCCCGAGGACAUCGACCCGCCCGGCCCGCGGCUCGUGCACAUGCUCGAGAUUGGAACGCCCGAGGAGAGUGCGGCAGAGGAGAAGGUGGUCAUGCUGCACGGCUAUGGCGCUGGCACCGGCUUCUUCUUCCAGAACAUCAGCGCCCUCGGCGCACGGCCCAACUCGCGGCUCUACGCGCUCGACUGGCUGGGCAUGGGCCGCUCCGCACGCGUGCCCUUCUCAAUUCCCGCCAGCGCGGCCAAGACGACGGAGGGGCGCGUCAAGGCGGCAGAGAGCUUCUUUGUGGAGGCGCUGGAGGACUGGCGUCGUACGAUGGGAGUGGAGAAGAUGACGCUCGUCGGUCACUCCCUCGGCGGCUACCUCUCGAUCGCCUACUCGCUAGCGCAUCCCGACCGCGUGUCUCGUCUCGUCCUCGUCUCGCCCGUAGGCAUCCCCUGCGCGCCCGAAGAGCGCCCGGAGGAGUCUCCCUUUGACGCCUCGAAGCGACGGCGCACCGACUCGCAGUCGGGCGGGCCGGGCGAUGCGAUGCACAUCGCUGUGCUCACGCUGGAACGUUGCGCAGGCUCGGUGUUUGGCUGGCUGUGGGAGCAGAACAUCUCGCCGUUCUCGCUGCUGCGCAACUCGCUCUUCUUUGGACCGAUGCUGGCGGGCCGCUACACCUCGCGCCGCUUCGGCUUGCUCGACGACGAGAAUCUCCGCUCGCUGCAUGCCUACACACAGGGCAUCUUCAUGUCCAAGGCCUCGAGCGAGCACUGCCUGGCGCAUAUUCUCGCGCCGGGCGCGUAUGCGCGCAUGCCGAUGGUCGAGCGCAUGGCGCCGCUGCGCAUGCCCGUGUCGUUCAUCUAUGGCGCCACGGGCAUCGACUGGAUGGACAUCGAGGGCGGCAAAGAGGCCGUGCGCCGCCUCGUCGCGGCAGGCAACCGCGCUACGAGCUGCUUUGCGGUGCCGCAUGCCGGACACCACGUGUACCUGGACAACCCGAAG